CUCGGUUAGGGAGGAGGGAGAGAAAGAAGAAGAAGAAGAAGAAGAAGAAGAAGAAGAAGAAGAAGAAGAAGAAGAAGGAGGAGGAGGAGGAGGAGGAGGAGGAGGAGGAGGAAGAGGAGGAGGAGGAGGAGGAGGAGGAGGAGGAGAAAGAGAAUAGGAGGGUCAAUGACAGAGCACGGUAUAAGAGGGCAGGUACUGCAGCCAACAGAGGGGGAGAUGUGUCUUGGGAGCAGUGGAGGAGGACGCAGACUCGGAGAGCGAGUGGAGAAUGGUUAUAAUGGAGGUGGUCCUGGAAGAUGGCAUGGGGAGAAGAAGAGGUGGAAGGGGGGGGAGAAUUAUCACACAAUGUGUGAGUGUGUGAAUGGUGGGUCAAUUCAGAGGAGGUCUGCUUGUUCAUGGUCCAUCGGCUGGACUAGGUUUGGUAUGUAUCUUCUGCUGAUCGCGAUCUUAUCCGUUAGCAUACCGGCGGUCUUCGGCCAACAAGCAGGCCCCGAGGAACCGCUGAUUGGCAGUACAGUUGAACAACAUAUUCCAGCGACCGAAUGGAGCUUGAUUCUUGGCACUCGUUGGACCCGAUGGGCACCCUUCACUGGAUUAACCAGAGAGGGGUUGGGACUGAUACAGACCAAGGUGGAUGAUCUCUUCUCUGCCUCCUCAAAUGCCAUGGAGGUUCAGCUUAAUGGGAGAAGCACCACAUUUCUUGCAAGAUACCUGGAGUCUAUGACCGACAUAGCCUACUAUGCUGUGAGCGAAGUGACCGGAGGUUCACCUAUUCUGACGCCAGUAGCAGGAUGCUGCGGGCAAUACGGUCAUUUCUUCAUCUACACGACGAUGGAUGUAGCCAAUGCGUUAAAAAGUCAUCAGACAAAGGCGUUUGUGGCGGUGGACGCUCUCCCUGCCUUCGCCAAGAUAGAGCCUGGUUUGCUUGGUAGAGCCUUGGACCAGUAUACUCCAUGGUCGAGUGGAGAUGGGUAUGGAAACCUGCUGCCGGAGCCGUUGUCCAUCAAGGUGGUACUCUCCCCCGGUGCUUCGUCCACCAUAGCCGAAGCAGAGGUGUAUGCCUUGGACAUGCUCAAGGACAUCCCUGCUAAGACCUUCUCCUUUCGAGCUCUCAGUGCCGAAGUCCUUCUGGUUGGCCCUGUGCCUAAGAGGAUUCUCCCAGCAGUCGUCUCACACAUCUCCCGGCGCCCUGAGGUGCUGCGCAUCCUACCCCUUCUUCCCUACCUUCCCCACAAUCGUUGGGCCAAGGCUGUCAUUCAGAACCCAGCCCCAUUCAAUCUGACUCCUCUGUACGACUUAUACAACAUCACAGGUUACAAUCAGACCAUAGCGCUCUCCGACACGGGGAUCGACACGUCACACUGUUUCUUUGCUGACUCAGACAGAGGGCGUCCGACUGCGGUCCGCGACGACUUACAAAGGAAGAUUGUGAUGUAUAACAGCGUGGCCGACGAGUACGAUACGUCUGAUGGACCCCAGACAGGACACGGGACCUUCAUCGCAGGAACGAUUGCCGGUGCACCCUUGCCAGCCAACGGAGGGGCCUCCAACGAGCGUGCGCUCACUGUGACCUUCUCUGGUGUUGCCAAGGACUCCAAGCUGGUGUUUUACGAUAUCGGCGAUGCGUCGGACGCUCUCUCGGGUCUGGAGAAGAAGACACUGAAAGGGCUGCUUCUGGACUCCAUCGACAACGGCGCCCGCAUCCACGUGGUGCCCUUCGGCAUUCAGAACAAGAGUCUGUCGACACAAAUGUAUGACCUGGAUGCCAGGGAUGUAGACGAUGUGUCCUUUCGAAAUGAGGAGUUUCUUGUUGUCGUGUCAGUUGGGAACGAGGGGGAGAAUGGACUUUAUACGUUGACCUCGCCGGCGGUGUCGAAGAAUGCCCUGGCUGUGGGCGCCUCCCUGAACACAGACGACAGCUUGAAGUUGUGUGCGUCCUAUUGCGCCCCGGUCUUCUGCCAGUGCCCGGACAACUUCACUGUGGGGGCCAUGGACCCAAUGUAUCUGAGCCACUUUUCUAGUAAGGGGCCGACUCUGGACGGAAGAAUCAAGCCUGAUGUCGUCGCUCCGGGCAUGCACAUGUGGUCUGCCCAUUCUUCCAAUGGGACAGAUUCAUGCCGGCUGACUUCCUCCCAAGGGACAUCAACCGCAGCAGCCGUUGUAGGAGGUGUUGCCGCUCUCGUCCGGCAGUACUUCCAGGAAGGAAGGUACCUCACAGGUGCCCCGGUUGCUAGAGACGCUUUCGAACCUUCUGGCGCUCUGGUCAAAGCUUGUAUUAUCCACGGAGCUCGUGGGUUGUUCGGCUACAUAGACUCUCAGAGGGGUAACUCCUUCAGGAAAUUCCCGCCCACAAUCUCUUUCCCCAACCAGCUUGAGGGUUGGGGUCUCGUUCGCAUCGACAGGGUUCUCCUCUCUCCGCUGCCCGCGAUAAAAACCCCCCCUAACCACCAAGGACCUCAGGCUAUGUUCAUGAAGUCUGGAAGGGUAGAUGGUGCUGUGAUUCUUCCCGGGGAGGUUCAUUCUUACUCCUUUGUCCUUCGCCGUGGCGCUCCUUUGCGUGCAACUCUGGUCUGGAUGGACCCUCCCGCCAUCCUUGGGGCCCUUACGCCUGUCCUCCAUGACCUCGACCUGGCAGUCAUCGGUCCCAGUGGCAAGACCACCUACCCCAACGGCCUCUCUGCACCUGAUCGCCUCAACAAUGUCGAGAGAAUCAUCAUCACGGACCCCAUAGUCGACGGGACCUACAACGUGACCAUCAGCGCCAUCACGGUGUUCCCCCUGAAUGCUGACCCCAAGUCAGGAUCGGGUCAACCUUAUGCUCUUGUGGUCACCGGAGACUUCUACAGGCCUGCUCAGACGCCAAUUGUCAGCAAAACGACAAGGCUGCCCCGACCAGAUGCCAUAUGCUUCCUCAGCAGCAGGGUGGAGCUGAACACUUCUGAUGCCUGUCCUCGCCUCGCGGGCGACAACUUCAACGACACCUCUCUUCCCAUAUACGAGCUUAUCAGCCCGCCAUUCUCUGGACCGCUCAAUGAUACACUAGCCUCCAUGGAGAUUGGGGGAUACGCUCUUUUCGGCGAUGUUCAGGUGCAGUCUGACAACGCAGCCGCCACAAGAACCAUCAUGUUGCAGGAGGAAGUGACCACUCAGCUAAUGUCCGAAGGAAAAACAGUUGGCGCGCCACCGGUACGAAAUUCGGCCACUCGCUGGUGGAAAAGCAGCGGCAGCCGCAUCUCUUCUCUCUCCGCAAGCUUCAUGAUGUCUGCUUUUGGACUUUGGAUUGCAUCCUCUAUGAUCCAGGAAUUAUAGUUGGAAAAGCAAAAAAAAAAAAAAAAAAAAAAAAAAAAAAAAAA